AUGUUACCAAGAUGCUAUCAUUGGUAUAGAAGAGCAGUCAAUGAACAAGCCAACAUAUCUAAACAGAAUCAAAAGCUUGAAUUAGUCCAAGAUCAAUCUGUUCAGACCAAUAAGAAUUAA